AUGGAUUCGAAUAAAGGACGCCAGAUUCUAAAACCAUUUCAGGAAAAAAGGUUUCGAGUAACAACAAUUUCACCUGAUUUACAUUACUUGUUCAAGAACACAAUGGAAGAAUCAUGGGUUUUUAAGUUAACUAAAGGUGAUGUUGAUGCAGGGUUCAUUCCAUUUGGUCAAAAGUUAUCGAAUUUGCUUCGGCUUUGUUUGUUAUAUAAAUUCAGUGGGGUUUAUAUGGAUACCGAUGUUAUGAUCUUGAAAAGCUUCUCGAAGUUAAAGAAUUCAAUCGGAUCUCAAACAUUGGAUUUGAGUUCAAAGAAUUGGAGCAGGUUAAAUAAUGCAAUCAUGGUGUUCGAUAAAAUGCAUCCAUUGGUUUACAAGUUUAUCGAAGAGUUCGCAUUAACUUUUAAUGGAAACAAAUGGGGUCGCAAAGGUCCUUACUAG